AUGGACACAGAGCGAUUUGGAAUCGAUUCGUCUGGUAAGGGCCGGAACGGUGGAGAAGAGCUCAAGGACACGAAGCUACCAAUGCCAACGCCAAGGAAGAGUGGGGGAUUGUUAGGAGUUUUUGAAGGAAGAGAUGGAAUGCUGGUUUCUGGCUAUGAGCCCCCCACUGGGGCCUGGUUUGAAAAAGCAGCAGCUUUCAUCUUGCAGCAGCAAGACUCAAUGGCGUCUGAAAACAAUUUUGUGCAACCUGCGAUUCCACGCUUUGACAGUCACUAUGAUCAUUGGAGUAUGCUAAUGGAAAAUUUCUUGCGAUCCAAGGAGUAUUGGACUCUGGUUGAAACCGGCAUCGAAGAGCCCGCUAGUGGGCCUAUCUUGACAGAGACGCAGAGAAAGACAUUGGAGGAGCAAAGAUUGAAGGAUUUGAAGACAAAGAACUACCUGUUUCAAGCAAUAGAUCGUGCCAUCCUGGAAACGAUCCUCAAGAAGGAUACUGCUAAGGAUAUCUGGGAUUCCAUGAAGACGAAGUAUCAAGGUACAACACGAGUAAAACGUGCCCAACUUCAAGCUCUUCAUAAAGAGUUUGAGAUUCUCCACAUGAAGGAAGGAGAGUCAGUUAAUGAUUACUUUGCAAGGACAUUGGUGAUCGCAAAUAAGAUGCGUAUUCAUGGCGAAAAAAUGGAAGAUGUUGCAGUCAUUGAGAAAAUUCUUCGCUCAAUGACACGCAAAUUUGACUAUGUGGUAUGUUCCAUUGAAGAAUCGAAUGACAUUGACAGCCUUUCGAUUGAUGUGUUACAAAGUUCAUUGUUGGUUCAUGAGCAGAGGAUGACUAGUCAUGUUGUGGAGGAGUAA